CCCUUCCGAGAAAUAUUGACUAUUUGGUAAGAGAAACGUAUAAUUGGUUUUGUCACUCAACUUUGCGUCAAGCACAGUAUUCAAAUUUAUAUAGGGCCAUAAACGAUGGUCAUGAUCCACUAAAAAUAGUUAGGUGUUGUGAAACAAGAUGGCUGUCUAUAGAGUCUGCUGUUAGUCACAUCUAAAUCAAUGGUUAGAGCUUAAAACCUUAUUUAGUGUAGCUAGGACCAAAGAAAAGUGCUAUGCUGCUGAUGUACUCUUUGAAAUGUAUAACGGCAACAUGAAUUUGGCGUAUUUAAAGUUUUUAUAUCCGAUAUUGGAAGAAGUGCAAUUAGUGAAUAAAUAAAAUAAUAUCCUUUGAAUCGAAUACAGCUGACCCAAGUAAGUUGCUCAAAGAUUUAACAAAUCUCAUUUAUUCUGUUUCUAAGAGGUUUGUAAAUCCAAAUUGUCGGGAAGAUCCCUUAACUUGUAAUAUGAAUAGUUAUACAGUGCAAAAUGUUUACUUUGGGUAUGAAUUUGAGCAAAUCUUAGCAUCUUGUCCAUCUUCUAAAGAAAAAAAAGACCAUUUGAAAGAGAGAUGUCUGCGAUUUUUUCAAGUUCUUCUCCAACAGUUACAACAGCGUCUUCCUAAAAAUGUUAAUAUCUUACAAACCGUUUCACUGAUAUCAGUUAAAAACACACUGCAGGUUAUAAAGGAUCCACUUACUCCUUUGGCGCAAUUUUUGAACGUUGAAAACAAAAUUAUUGAUAAAAUAAAUAUACAGUGGUCUAAUAUACUAAAUGUCAAGUGGACUGAAACAUCAAAUACCAUAAAGUUUUGGAAUGAAGUAGCUUGUUACACAGAUGCUAGCGGAUCUUACCCAUUUGCAGAAGUUUCAGAUCUGAAUGUUUAUUUUCUUCAUACUGAAAAGUUGAAAAAAACGAGUUACGACCUUUUUCGCUGGGGCAGUCGUCUUGUACUUCCAUGGUCUAAUGCCGAAGUAGAGCAAUUGUUCAGUCAAAUGAAUGUGGUAAAAAGCAAAUUAAGAAACAAAAUGGGGCCAAAACUUUUGGAUGCAAUUUGAAGUACAAGAGCAGGUUUAACACGUUCAAUGCCACGGUCGACGCGUAGUCGACAAAUGUUAUGUAUAUCUUUAUGGGUGUAUUAUUUGAUCGGUUAUAGACGCACUGUUUCAAUAUUUGUAUGUGGUUAUUCAGUAGGAUGUCGUGAUUUCAAUGGUAUAUUUGGAUUUUGCGUAGCUAUUUUUAGCGAGUUU